UAAUGACUGCGGUAUGUAAUGUGUUUGGCUGGAAGCGACGUACGCAUUUCAGCGAGCAAGUGAUGACGAGCUCCUUGACGGCGUUCGACGCGCAACUGGCCAAGUACUUGGAGCAGCUGGAGCAGCUUCAGGAGAAAAACCAGAAGCAGCACCUCUUCCAGCCCUCGUUCUGGCUGCAGCAGACGGAUUUUGACGUCGCGAGAGAGGUUUUCGUAGCGGCCACUGGAACCAUCGGCCACACAGUCACCAAGUUCUCCCUCGUGUACAGCAAGACACCAAGCAAGGAGGAAGCCGCCAGCAUCUGCGAGGCACUGCGCAAGCCCUGCGAGCAACUGCUUGCCGCCACAAACGUUGCGCUAUUCUGCGGCGCCGGACCAUCGCUAGCAACGGAGAUUAUCAAUGAUGCAAUUCGUCUGAUUAGAAGCGUGCACAACCUUGCGAAGGCCAUUUCGAAGGGUGACCUGGCCCGCAUACCGCAGCUCACUGGUCGUGUGUGGGAGUAUUCUUCCUCACGUGUGUCCAAGUCUAACUGCGUAGCGUCGAAGCGCAGCAUGCUACAGUGCAUUACGAUGUUGAAUUCGACGGUUGACGAGCUAAAGGAGUUCCUUGCUGAGCAAGAGGAAAGUGACAGCCAAGCCACAGCCCUGGACGAGGUGGAGCAGGACGACGAGUUUGGCUUUGACUCGAGUUUGACGGAGGAGGAGCGUACACUUUUUCAGAGUGGAGUCAAGCUGCUGUCAAUGUGUGCUGCCAUCAUGAAGCGUGGCGUGCUUACUAUUAAGAAGCUGACUAUUGCGAACGACCAGGAUACAUUUCUCAAUUGGACAGCCAAGUUGGAUGUGAGCUACACAGCGGCGCAGGACGCAAUCGUGGACUUUGGCGCGGCACUGUACCCGCCAAUCGGCACCGAUGAGCUGGCUGAUGCAGUGAAUGAAUUGGAUUACUCAGCAAAGGCCAUAUUGGCGUGUCUGAAGGAGAUGCCGGAACUGGCCACUGCAGAGGAGGACGCGCUGGGUGUCGGGGAGGCAGCAUUCGCCAAGCAGCUCUCCACCGUGAAGAGCCAAAUAGAGGCCUCUCUGUAA